AUGUCGUCUCCUCUAGCAAAGUUCCUGCUGUUCUCCCUGCUGCAGACGAUGGCCUACGCCGCCCCAAAGGCAAGCACUCAUCAUCAUAUGUCACACAUAGUUUCCUUCAGGCGGCAUUCUCUCUCUCUCUCUAACUUUUACACUCACAACCGCACAUACUUAAGUCCGUAUUCGGCCAACAUUUAUUCAACGGGUGGGUCUGCAGAAAUCCUACAUUGUGUACCUGGGAAAGCAUCCACACGGCUUAGACGGUUCUUCGGAAGAUUUCGACAGGGCCGCUGCGAACCAUUAUGCCCUCCUUGCAUCGUUCCUGGGCAGGUGACGAUCUUCCCGAUUGAAUCCUGGCUAAGAUUUAGAGAAUUGGGAAUCUCACCGCCACCGCCAGCUGAAUUCAGGUCUCGAGAGUGGUGGAAUUUAGUCUCCUGACCUUCUUCUUCGUUCUUCACACAGCGCGGAGGAGGCCCACGCUGCGAUCACUUACUCCUACACGAAGAGCAUCAACGGAUUUGUCGCAAAUCUUGACGAAUACGAAGCAAAGAAGCUCGCGAGUGCGUCCCUCGUCGCUUAUAUUGUAGUUACAUAGAGACGCCUAUCCCAUAUUCGUCGAUUACCAUCUGUGACACGCCCCUUGUGUUUGUCCUGACAGAGUGGCCGGGGGUUGUGUCCGUCUUUCCGAAUAAACGGAACAGGAAGCACACAACGAGGUCGUGGGAGUUCCUGGGGAUAGAGAAGGACGGCCAAAUCCCUGAGAGCUCCAUCUGGAGUAGAGCGCGAUUCGGCAGAGACGUUAUCAUCGCAAAUCUCGAUUCUGGUUCGUCUCCUCUCGGCUGAGGACGCUGACUCGCUGGAUUCUCCCGAGCAGGAGCGGGACUAUCGAAUAACCCCUUCGAAAUUCCGCGUAGGUGUCUGGCCGGAAUCAGAGAGCUUCAAUGAUCGAGGACUAGGACCAGUUCCCUCGAGGUGGAAGGGAUUCUGUCAGAAAUCCUCCAACCCCAACCACACGGUCACCUGCAACAGGUAAAGAUUUCUGGUCUCCCCCUCCCCGGCGGCGUGAUCCCCUCCAGCAUGCAUGAACAUAGACGAGCAGGAGGAGAUCGCAGUUUUCGGCUGCGACGGAAGAUGCGGCGCGAAGACUGACUGAACGACGGCUGUGCAGGAAGCUGAUCGGAGCGAGGUACUUCAACACGAAUGGUUAUUCAGGCGACGAGUUUAGUAGCCCCCGCGACUUCGACGGCCACGGAACGCACACGCUCUCCACGGCCGGCGGCAGCUUCGUCCCCAACGUCAGCCUCUUCGGCGUCAUGAACGGAACCGCCAAGGGCGGCGCCCCCGGGGCCAGGGUCGCGGCGUACAAGGUCGGCCACGGCGACAUCUUCGAGGACUCGGACGUCAUGGCGGGCUUCGACGCCGCCAUAUACGAUGGCGUCGACGUGAUCUCCCUUUCCCUUAGUGGGGACUCCGCCUGGAUGGAUCUCAUCAGCGCCAUCGGCAUCGGCUCCUUCCACGCCGUCCAGAGCGGCAUCCCCGUCGUCUGCUCAGCCGGGAACGAUGGACCGGGAACGUACUCGGUUCUCAACACCGAGCCGUGGGUCCUCACGGUGGGCGAAGCGUCGUCUGGCCGGUUAUUCUUCUCCGACGUCACUCUCGGCGACGGCCGCAACCUCGAGGUUCGCCCGCCCUCACCGACCGCCAACUGGCCUUUUUAACGCAUGUUCGCUCACCAUUACACGCUCCGCCCCCUACUGACACACCACUCUAUCCGUCCACCUUUUCCUGGUCUCAGGGGUGGAGCCUCGCAGAAGGGCGCAUGCCCAACGGGAAGUUUUUCCCGGUCGUCCAUCCCAGAGAGGCGAAAUCUCCGGGCGUAGACGAUUACGACGCGUAAGUGGCCUCCGCCGCUCCUCUUCCCUCCACCGUGACCUCCAACACGAGCCUCUGAACCCCCGUGAAUCCCCAGGGAGAGGUGCAACCCCCGUUCGCUCGACCCGUCGAAGGUGAAGGGGAAGAUCGUCGUUUGCCUCGGUGGCAGUGACAGGUGGACCAAGUCCCAGCAGGUGUCCGAAGCCGGGGGAGCAGGGAUGAUCCUGGUAAACACCGCCGAAUGGGGGGGUUACCUCUCAUAUGACUACUACACGAUUCCCGCCCUCCACCUCAAUUACACCAGCGGGCUUGCUGUUUAUUCCUACCUCAACUCCACCAGGUACGCCUUCCGAUCUUUCCCCCCCGGAUGGAUGUUUCAAACUCUUCAGCCCAGGAUUUACUUCGGGACGUAAUUUUCGAUUAUUCCACUUAAUAUAUACUCAAUCACUCGCGAGUGCGGACGAGAAUACUUCCUCUCUCAUAGCUGAUCACGGUGCUAGAUCUUUUUUUUAAUCCUGCAUCGGACCGGUAGUUGACAUAAACUCUCAAAGGUCGCCCACUGCCCAUAUCGGAGCACCUACAGCUCGCAUUGUGAAACCUGAACCGGAGGUGUGCGCGCAAUCAGGAAGAGGACCCGGUUACCGUAAUUCGCAGCUCCUCAAGGUUGUUCGCAAGUCUCCUCCAUCAAUCGUUUGAUUUCCGAUUGUGGACUGCCUCAUUCGGCAUGCCACUGAAGGCGUAUUCUUUGUUCUUUCUCCCUUCCCUUUUCAGCCUGAUGUUAUCGCACCGGCAAUCUCUAUUCUCGCCGCUUAUUCCCCAGCAAAAGUAAUCGAAUCAAGGAUCCCUAACGAGUCGAGGCGUCUGCCCUACUUCAUGUUAUCCGGUACCUCAAUGGCGUGUCCUCACGUCGCCGGCGUGGUCGCCCUGCUCAAAGCGAUGUACCCCCAUUGGAGCCCCGCGGCUCUCAAAUCCGCCAUAAUGACCACCGGUGAGAUUUUAUUCUCUUCUCUACAGGCGGGCUCUCGUGUUUGAACGCCUGAGUGGGUGAUUGGUUGAAACCGUGGGGAAAGGCUGAAAAAUCCCGUCGCAUGCCGACGCAAUCUCAAGAGUUGCACCUUCGAAGCCUCAAUUGCUGCUGGAUCAUUCAAACCCAUCACACUAUUUCCCAUUUCAUUUAGAAAGCUGAAUCUAAAGUCGUUGCAUAUGUGCCUCCUUCUGCAGCCACAAUUCAAGACAACACGGGAGGGCCCAUCCUGGAUGCUGUCACGAAUGACGAUGCCACACCGUUCGACACUGGCUCGGGCUUUCUGCAGCCCAAUCCCGCCAUGGAUCCCGGCCUUGUGUACGACGUCACCACCGAAGACUACCUGCGCUUCUUGUGCGUCUCCGGCAUCGAAUCCUUCCAAGUGCAGAUGUUCGCCGGCGGCAAAUUCAGAUGCCCUCCGGAGGCCGUGAAGAUAGAGGACCUGAACCUCCCUUCCAUCGGGGUCGCAGAUCUUAAGAUGCCCAUCAAUGUGACCCGCACCCUGAAGAACGUUGGGGCACCAGGCACCUACCAUGCCCACAUUCAGCCACCACAGGGUGUCACUAUCUCCGUAGAGCCCGCUACUCUGGACUUCAAGACCACGGGAGAAGAGAAGACGUUCUGGGUCGUGCUGGCGCCGGAGGGAGGGAAGCCACCCUCGAAGCUCGUCCACGGCCAGCUGACGUGGUCCGAUGGGAGUCACACCGUGAGGAGCCCUAUUACGGUGGCCAUUUCUCUUUCGCGUUGA